UCAUGUGACUGUAGUAGGAAGUGAAAGUAGAAGAAAUGGUUAAGGUUUUUAAAUGCCACAAUUUUAAAUCACAAAGCGUAGUCCAGGUUGAUGGAGAGCCCAUUGCAUUUUUCAAUCACAAAGACAAACUGUUUGUAGCCACGGAUAAAUGCACGAUUGAAGUUUUCUCAUUGGGCAGUUCUAUCAGUAAAAUUAGUUGUUUUUCCACAACAGAACAAACAAUCCAUGACAUAGUGUUUUGUUACCCUGGUAAUUAUGUAGCAACUAUUGAAUCAACAUACAAUCGCAGAUCAAAGAAAGAUGUAUUUUACAUUAAAGUUUACUUAAAUUGGGAGGUGGCGUCUGGCAAAGUUAAACAUAGAACAGCCAUACGUUUAGCUGGAAAGGACCAAAAUGUCACAACAUCGGCUGUAGAUGAAUCCCAUAUUCAAGUUAUAGAAAUCCCUUAUAAAGAUGAAAUACAGGACAUUAGCAUUUGUCAGAAAACUGGUAAUUUAAUCACUGUUUCCAAGGAGAUAACAGACGUUUAUCAUCUUGUGGAGAAAAAAAUUUUGAAUUCUGACAGAGUUUAUCUUGACAUUGUUCUAUUUCUUCAGCUUGAAUGGCACAUUGGACAUGUUACAAAAACUGUUCUCUGCGAAGAUUAUAUUGGAGUUCUUUCAAAGAGAGAGACACAAAUUGUUAAAGUUGUUUACUCAGAUGAAAAUUUGGGAAGAUUACAAAAUGUUGAAGCCGACCGACUAUCUUCUUCAGAGAGGGGAUUUGGAAGUCAGCACCAAAAAUCUUCAUCUGUUAUGAGUAAUGUUUCUUUUCUUUCAUCAAAAAGCAGUCUUUCUCUCCCAGAUACACCUCAGUUUUCUCGAGUUGGUUGUCGAUCUUCUGCCAAUGCAAGUCCGUCAUUGCUGUUAGAUAAAUCUGUAGAUUCUGUCAGUACCAUAAGAGAAGAUGACCAUUUUGUCAAGAUAAAUUUAGAUGAUUUAAAAUUGAAUCAAUCACAUUCUUCCAACAAGUCAAUCAAAACCUUGCAUCUGAAGAAGCUGAAGGAAAACAACUGUGACAAAGUGUUGGAACCAGAUGUAACAGAUUUCAGAGGUGGUGGACAUCAGACAGCUGGAUCAAUACAUGUCAUCACGGUUCAUCACCAGAAAAUUAAGAGAGCAGAAGAUGAAUUCAGACACCUCCAGCUCAUACCUUCCUAUGUAUCAAAUAUAAGUAGGCUGUCUACUAGAGUCAUGUUGGGAUCAGUACCUCUCAGAUCAGUGGUGUAUAAUAGUAUUGUUGGAAUAAGCUGCUUUAUCAGCAGUGACAGCAAUGGAUAUGUACAUGAUAUUUGGUCAACUGUGUCUACUCAACUGUCAACCUACAGCUAUUCUGAUAUUCCUACGCAGAUAGUGAUGAAUGAAGACUUGUUGUAUGUACUUACUGGCCGUGGAUUAGAAAUUUACACCAGUCGUUGUGGUACAGCAGCUAUUCAUCAUACAGAAAGAUUGAAUACAAAAGAAAAGGUUUUUCCAUCAGCUGACAUGGACACCUGUCUAUGUGGUGUCCACUUAUUUAUGAAUACAGUAAAACUGGAUGUAAGCGACAAGUAUGUUAUCAUCUUGUCCAAAUUGGAUGGCGUACAAAGGUCAGAUGAAGGUUCCUGCAGUCUAUAUGCUGUAGAAAAAUGUUCCCCUGGAGAACUAUAUAAAGAUAUGGUUAAAUAUGGAGAAAGGUCAAGAAAACAUAAUGAAGGAACAUAUUUGAAUCUUCUGCUAGAGGGUCACAUGACCUUAAGAAACACUUUUAUUGGUGGAGACAUAAAUGACAGAGAAAUAGAGGAUUUGUUCAGAGAAUCCUGUCUUUUGAUUGGUGAAUACUAUGCUAAAGAGAAAGGUACAGAUGGACAAUUGUGUAUUCCUUAUCUUACCAUGUCUGGACUGAGUGUAGCUGACAUCAUAAGACAACUGGUGGAAAGUCAUGAAAAGAUGGGAUACCAGGACUAUGGACAAGGAUUUAUUGCUUAUUUUAAGCAUGUUCUUCUGCAGGAUGGAGAACCCUUUGAGUUAAUAGAGGCAGAAGGCGAUAUGAUUCUGUCUAUUUGCAGUAAAGCUAUCCCUGAUCUGCUAUCAGAUAUCAUUUUGUUUUCCAGAGUCAAGGAAUUUAAUUCAGAACAUGCCCUUACCUUGUUACAAACAUGGAUCAAAGAACUUGCAAGUCAUGGUGAAAAGUCAAGUAUAGCAGACAAGUUAGCAUUGACCAAUCUAUAUCUGGUUUUAUGUGAUCCAGAAGUAGCAGAAAGGACCUUGCUUUUGAUACCAAAGGUUGACUUGAUAAAAAUAUGUGUUCAACACAAUGAAAUUCUUCAUGACAAUUUCCAGCAGUUAUCUCCCUUGUCACAGCUGAUGAGAAGAUGUUGCCCCAGUGUAUUGACACAGUCAAUGGUGGCUCUGCAUGACAAAGGAACAAUAUCACUUGACCUAGCUAUACAGCUUCUUCAGGGUACUAACAGCAGUGGAGAAAUGUAUAAAAAUACUCAUGUGAAAGAGUACCUGGAAUUUUUGUUAAAUGAUACACAAAGAAGAUACAUUUUUGAAGAGGCUGUUGUUUUGUUGAGUGAAAUAUAUAUCAAAAGACUGGCUGAUCAAAAAUUUGUGGUAUCAAAGAAAAGAACAGCUCCUCAAGUCCUACAGUUGCCUGCUGAUGAGGGCCAUUUUGGAAGAAGAUACAAUUGGUUGGAUUAUUUAUCUCCCUUUAAAGGACCUGAAGAUAUGAAACAGCCAUGUCAAUAUAUAUUACGUGCAAGUCCUACAACAGCUCGGAAAAAUGCUUCAAAGAUCAAGCAGCAUGUCUUAUCACAUGAUUUUUGUAACUGUGGUUUGUGUUUUGAAGACCUUCUGAAAUUGCAGAGUUUGUUAUGUUUUUCUAAAGCAAGUGAAAGUUUAAUGAAUAAAGUAUUAGAGUUGUUGGAUCAAGAUUAUCUGGUUCCUGGUCACGAUUCUAUACUGAUACUGGUACUGUUAAAAACUAACAAGCAGAAUGCAACAGAUAUUGUGGUUCAGAAAUAUCCUAGAGUCAUUUUAGAGUUUGGGAAAUGUAUAAUGAAUUCUGACAGAGAACAGAGAAAAAUAGUUUUAGACAGUGUAUAUAGAGCUCUCCAACAGCAGAUAGGGAAACCAGAUGACAAUGAACCAGUUUAUCUGCAGUCAUUGAAAGAUAUACUCGACUGCCUAGCUAGAACAACAGGACCAGAGGAAUUUUUAAAUUUGUUACCAGACAAUGGAAAUUUUCUCUUUUUUUUACCAUACAUAUCAAUGAACUGUGAAAAACAAAAAAAGAAUAAUCUAAUACAAGUAAUAAAGAACAAAGGCAGACAACUCCAAACAACUACAUCAUAGCAAAAUAAUAAUAAGCUAUGUCACAUCAGUUUCACUUUGACAAAUAGUUUUCUUAACAAUUAUUUGAUCAUUAUUGAUUUUUUUUAGAAUAAACUUUGUUUACAAAUUUGCUUUAUAUAUAAUAGUUCUGUCCUACAUUCUUUUCCACCAUCUUGGAUCACAAAAUAGCAUAACAUAAUCUGUCUUAAUCAGUCAUGAAAUAUGUAAAUUUUGAGACAGGGAUGCAAUUAAGUUGUAAGAAGUUUCAUUUAAAUGAAAAAAAUUGUAUAAUUUAUCUCAUCAUGUCGAGUGUUUUUACAAAUACAUAAUAUUUUCUGUUUGAUUCAAAUUAUUUUUAACUAAAGGGGAGGUUAUAUAUAUACUCAGAUAAUUACAUUUUAGAAAAGGAUGUACAUUGUAUAACAAAUUGACCUGUUAUUUUUUGUUGCAAGAAGACGAGUUACAUGACCCCAAUUUUAUUUUUGUCUGGCCUAGAUGAGGUUAAAAAAAGUGAUACUUAGGCUUGCUGUUUCUGAUGGCAUCAACAAUGUAUUAGUUUUUGAUUAGGUAAGUUUAUAGGGGACCACUAUUGGUAGUUAAAGGAUAUUUGGUAUGCAGUUGUAUUAGUAUUGGCACAUCUCAUUUCCAUGAAGAUUAUUAGGCCCUGUCCCCUCAGUUAUGGUCUAUUGACUUUGAAUGUUUGCAUAGUUUACAUAUAUUAGUAGUUUGUGAUUAUUUAAGUUUAUGGGGAACCACUAGUGGUAGUUCAAUGAUAUUUGGUAUACAGUUGUAUUAGUAUUGGCACAUCUCAUUUCUAUGGAGAUUAUUUGAUCCCACCCUCUCAGUCAUAGUCUAUUGACUUGAAACUUUUGCUAUGUUUGCGUGUAUUACUAUGUGAUUAGGUCAGUUUAUUGGGAACCACUAGUAGAAGGUUAAUGGUAUUUGGUUUGGUAUACAGUUGUAUUAGUAUUGGCACAUUUAAUUUUCUUGGAGAUUAUUUGGUUCCACCCUCUCAGUCAUGGUCUGUUGACUUGAAACUUUUGCAAUGUUUGCAUGUAUUACUUUGUGAUUAGGUCAGUUUAUUGGGAACCACUAGUAGAAGGUUAAUGGUAUUUGGUUUGGUAUACAGUUGUAUUAGUAUUGGCACAUUUAAUUUUCUUGGAGAUUAUUUGGUUCCACCCUCUCAGUCAUGGUCUGUUGACUUGAAACUUUUGCAAUGUUUGCGUGUAUUACUUUGUGAUUAGGUCAGUUUAUUGGGAACCACUAGUAGAAGGUUAAUGGUAUUUGGUUUGGUAUACAGUUGUAUUAGUAUUGGCACAUUUAAUUUUCUUGGAGAUUAUUUGGUUCCACCCUCUCAGUCAUGGUCUGUUGACUUGAAACUUUUGCAAUGUUUGCGUGUAUUACUAUGUGAUUAGGUCAGUUUAUUGGGAACCACUAGUAGAAGGUUAAUGGUAUUUGGUUUGGUAUACAGUUGUAUUAGUAUUGGCACAUUUAAUUUUCUUGGAGAUUAUUGGGUUCCACCCUCUCGGUCAUGGUCUAUUGAUUUUGAAAGUUUUGCAUACAUAUUAAAUAUUGCCAUCUCAAUUUCAACAUUUGCUUUAACCCAGUGAGGAUACCCUCUGACGUCAUCAUUAGGGAUCAUGUGACUAAUUAAUUUUAAUUGAAUUAAUUAAUUUCUUUGGAAGAUAAUCUCAUCAUAAAGUGUUAGGUUACUAAGUAUUUAUGUGUUAAUAAAGUCUAUGGGUGUA